AUGUCUGUUAUCACGGAAGAAUUGCGCUCAAGAAACUUCAGUAUCUACGGGCAAUGGACGGGUGUGCUGUGCAUCAUCCUGUGUCUUGCCGUUGGUAUCGCCAACAUUUUCUCAUUCAAUGCGGUUCUCAUCGUUUUCAGUAUUCUGUGCAUUGUUUCCGGUUGCAUCCUCAUUUUCACUGAGGUGCCCUUCCUGCUCAGAAUCUGCCCUACAUCCGAGAAAUUCGACACUUUUAUCCGACGCUUCACAACCAACUGGAUGCGCGCUGGAAUGUAUACCAUCAUGAGUGUUGUCCAGUGGCUUAGUCUCAUUGAGAGAGGCUCUAGUUUAAUUGCGGCCGCCGUCCUUCUUCUCAUCGCCGGUAUUUUCUAUGCACUGGCUGGCCUCAAGAGCCAGGAUUUUGUUGGCAGCAAAACCUUGGGCGGACAAGGCAUUGCGCAGAUGAUCGUUUAG